UACCUAGUUUACCUUCUAGUGUUUGUAAAUUAUUAGUUAUGGUUUGUAUUGAAUUUAUGCCAUGUAUUAGGGCCCCUAGCGUUGUCCCUAUUUUUUUAAAACAACAUCAAUUUUAAUUCCUUUUCAUUUUAAACCAAAAACAACAUGUAUCACACAUUGCCGUGCUUUGCAUUGGGGAGGGUAUUGGCUUCCCAAAGUCACUCACAGAGAAGCUGUGUUUGGGUCAUUUGAGAAGCAAAGAGGGGUACCCUGGACCUGCAGAAGAAAAUGAUGAGUUCGGGGAUUGCUUGAUCCUGCUGUUCACAAGCCAGAGUAAAUAGUGAACAGGUCAGGCCAUUGAGGUGGAAGUGUUCUGCUCACCAUUUUUCUCCCCAUGUGCAGGAUAAGACCUGGACUGAAGUCAUGGAAACGCAUCAAAAACUUCCUACUGAUCAAUUAGACUUGAGAAGGCAGCAAGAGGCCAUGUGGGAACUUUUCACGAGUGAAUGCACUUAUUUUUUGGACCAUUUAUUGGUUCUUAAGAUGAUCUUUAUGAAUACACUAAAAUAUCUACAAACUCACGAGUACCUCCUGGAUGUGGACUUAUGGAGACUUUUUGCAAACCUGGAGGAGUUAAGUCAGACAAGCUUUGGUUUUGUGAACAGUCUUUUCGACAUCAUCAAGGACUAUGUAGACACUUCUGAGAAUGCACCAUCAAUGGAUUUCAUUUCCGUGCUCAUGAAGCAUUUCCGAGGAAGCCUCUGUCAGAGCCACCAGACCUACUGCCUGAAUUACACAGCUGCUGUCUUUUAUCUUGAGAGCCUGAGGCAGAGAGAUGACUUUGGAAUCUAUUUAAAAUGGUGUGAGCAGAACGAACAGUGCAGAAGGCUUCAUCUGCCUGAGCUACUAGUGGCCCCACUACACAGGCUGACUCGAUACCCCUUGUUGCUGAAGAAUAUCUGGAAAAGAAGUACAGACUCAACUGAGAAAGUCAUGAUCUACUCCAUCAAGGAAAAGGUGGAAAAGUCAAUCCGAGAUCUUGAAGGAAAAGUGAAGUGGCUUGACAAUUUCCAAAAACUUAGACAUCUACAGGAGAUUAUAGUUUGGCCGCCGCUUUGGGAUAGAGAUAAAAGGUUUUUCAUCCCAGAGUGCUUGAAACACAUUUUUAAAGAACACAUGGCAGAAAACAUCUUGUCACCAACCAACAGACACCUUCUCUAUGAGGGAAAAUUAACUCUUACAGAAAGCACAAGAUUCCUAGAUGUCUAUCUGUUUCUAUUUGAUGAUUUCCUCUUAGUUACAAAAACUAAGCGCAACAAAAAGAAACUUGGAAGCUCUGACACUGGUUUAAUGUGUCCUUCACUUACUCCUGAGCUGCAAACAGUAAUAAAAGAGGGUGGUUCAUGUACAGUACUCGAUCAACCCAUCCCACUAGACAGACUGGUAGUUAAAAAUAUCGAUCCGCUCCACGUGUCAGUCUUCGGGCUGAGAAAUGCUUUUCUUAUACAACACGAAAACGGAUAUCGCCAAUGUAUAGCAGCAUUCUUAUUACAAGCCCAAACGGAAAACAUCAAAAAAACAUGGAUGGCACAAAUAACUGCAGCAAUCUCUUGCUUUAUGAAGAGUCAGGAAACCAAGAAAAUCUCCCUUUUCACACUGCCUGCAGAAUCCUCUGAAAUUUAAGAAUCUAAAACACAUUUGAGGACUUAAAAUAAGCUAUCACAUACCUUUUUAGAUAUUAGAGCUUUAAGUAUUCUCUCAUCCAAGCUUUUGCAACACUUACCUAGUGAUGAGCUAGAAGGAAAUGGGCAUCAGAAAGGAGUUCCAGAAUUUGAGAAUUUGAGUUAAGAAAAUCCUCAGUACAGAGGAUUAAUGACCACAACAGAUUUCAGCUCUGGGGAAUUUCUUGGCAAGUAUAUACUGAUAUCCAGACUAGCUUAUAAUGUGUUAGUCAGGCUUGUAAGAGGUGCGAGUGAAGUAUGGUGAUACCAUAAUUUGUAAAAGGGUGAAUAAUCAGAUAAAUGGGGUGUCAGGAGGAAGACAAUGUCCACUGCUUGCCUCCAAUAUGAAUUCUAGCAUUUUUCCUUGUGUGUAUCUGUAAAAUAAUGAAAUCAAUUUUCCUAUAUGGUUUGUAAGUCAGUCUUACUGCUUUACAGUCCUACCUCAAACACAAUAACUCCUUCGAUACAAAGUCUGAUUGCUCUUUUAAUAUUAUUAUUGUUGUUAGCUGUCAGGGAUUGGACUGUUGUGAUCCAUGGAGUUUAACUGACUGAUUUUCAGAAGUAGAUCAACAGGCCUUUCUUCCUAGUCCAUCUUAGUCUGGAAGCUCUGCUGAAACCUGUUUAGAAACAUACUACACCUAAACUUCCAGUGACAGAUGGUGGCUGCCCAUAAGGUGCGUUGGCCAGGAAUCAAACCCGAGUCUCUCGCAUGUAAGGCGAGAAUUCUACCACUGAACCACCAAUGCCCUCCCCUCCACUUUAAUAUAGUAAGCAAUAAGUAAGGCCUAGACUUUAAUAGCAGCUUUUUUUUUUUUUUU